AUGGUUGAAGCCAGGCAAGGCACCCAGACUCCAUCGGAGCAUACAGACUGGGAUGAAAUUCCUGGUGGUCCUGAAGCUUUAUUUCCUAAGGGAGGGGCAGUCACUCCGUCUUUUUCUCCUCGAGGACAAUAUGAACAUUACCAUGCUAUUUUUGAUCAAAUGCAGCAGCAAAGAGCUGAAGAUAAUGAAUAUAAAUGGAAAGGAGAAAUGCAUGGCCGAGGGCUUCAAGAAAGAGGAAUUUCACCUGGAGUACAUCCAGGAGUUCCUUACUGGGCUGCAUGUCAUCACCUUUUCCCUGAUGCUGGUGCGAUUAGAAAAACUUUAAAAAGAUUAAAAGCCGUGUCUAAACAAACCAAUGCAAAUAGGCAAAAAGGACAACUGUCUGUGGAAAGAGCCAAACAAGUAGAAGAGUUUCUACAGCGAAAACGGGAAGCUAUGCAGAAUAAAGCUCGAGCCGAAGGACAUAUGGGAAUCCUGCAAAACCUGGCAGCUAUGUAUGGAGGCAGGUCCAGCUCUUCAAGAGGAGGGAAGCCAAGAAACAAAGAGGAAGAGGUUUAUUUGGCAAGGCUGAGACAAAUAAGACUACAGAAUUUCAAUGAGCGCCAACAGAUUAGAGCCAAACUUCGUGGUGAAAAGAAAGAAGCUGAUAGUUUGAAAGGACAAGAAAGGAGUGAAGAGGCUGACAUGAGGCGCAAAAAGAUUGAAACAUUUAAGUCCCAAGCAAAUGCACGUGCUGCUGUCCUGAAAGAACAACUAGAGCGAAAGAGAAAGGAAGCAUAUGAGAGAGAAAAGAAAGUGUGGGAAGAACAUUUGGUGGCUAAAGGAGUAAAGAACUCUGAUCUGUCUCCACCCUUGGGAGGACAGCAUGAAACAGGUGGAUCUCCAUCAAAGCAACAGAUGAGAGCUGUAAUUUCUAUGACUUCAGCUUUGAAAGAAGUGGGUAUGGACUAUUUAACUGAUGAUUCUCAGGAAACCUCAGAAGAAGUGCAAAAGACCAACAGUGCUAUUUCAAGUAAACGAGAAAUACUGCGUAGAUUAAAUCAAAAUCUUAAAGCACAAGAGGAUGAAAAAGGAAAGCUGCAUUACAGUGACACUUCUGAAGUAAUUGCUCAUGAAGAUGUUAAAGAGCAUGAAGAGGAAAAACCGGCUUCAUCUGAUCGUAAGAAGUGGGAAGCAGGAGGUCAAAUUGUGAUUCCUUUGGAUGAGUUCACAUUGGAAGAAGCAUCAUUCUGUGCAACUGAAAAAUGCACAGUGGGAGAGGUUAUUAAAUUGGAUCCUGGUGGAUCUCCAAGAAGAGUCUGGGGUAAAAGCCCAACAGAUUCUGUUUUAAAGAUACUUGGAGAAGCUGAACUACAACUUCAGACAGAACUAUUGGAAAAUGUAGCUGUUAGAAGUGAGAUUUCUCCUGAAGGGGAAGUAUACAAACCGUUAAUCAUUGGAGAAGAAAAAGUACAAUAUGUUUCACUUCAAAUGAACCCCUCAGCUACUGUUGAUUCUCCUCCUCUUGAAAUAAAAAGUGAAAAGUUUAAGGAGGCAUCUCCACAGAUAUUGUUGAAACCAGAAGGAAAUUUGGAUGAACCUGAUGAUUUGGAAACAGAAGUACUACAGGAGUUAAGUGAGAUAAACAAAGAUGACAGCUUGCCAUGUGCUAUUACUGAUGUGUGGGUUGAGAAAAAGGAAACAAAGGAAGCAGAGUUGGAAGAUAAGAUCCUUAUUCAGCAAAAUGAAGUUUCUGGAGAUGAAUUCCUGAGGAAUGUUGACCAACUUAAUGAAGUUCAAAUAGAGCCUGAAAUGGAUGAUUCAUCACACUCUAAAUCUACGCAAUCAGAACCAUUUUUUCAUAAAGUGGUUCAAUCUAAAGACUUCAAAAUAGCCUCGCAAGUUCAAUUAAUUCAGUGCUCACCAGAAGAAUCCUUUCCACUUCGAUCUCGCUCUGAUUCACCACCAAAAAAUAAAAGCAAGAGUUCUUUGUUGAUUGGUCUUUCAACUGGUCUAUUUGAUGCAAACAACCCGAAGAUGUUGAGAACAUGUUCACUUCCAGAUCUCUCAAAGCUGUUCAGAACACUGAUGGAUGUUCCCAUUGUAGGAGAUGUGCAACAAGACAAUCUUGAAAUCGAUGAAAUUGAAGAUGAACACAUUAAAGAAGGACCUUCUGAUCCUGAAGACAUUGUGUUUGAAGAAACUGACACAGAUUUACAAGAGCUUCAGGCCUCUAUGGAGCAGUUGCUUAGGGAACAAGCUGGUGAAGAAUACAGUGAGGAGGAAGAAUCGGUCUUAAAGACCAGUGAUGUAGAGCAUACUGUAAAUGAGACAGAUCUGGCAGACGAGGAUGACAAUCCCAGCAGUGAAAGUGCCCUGAAUGAAGAAUGGCACUCUGAUAAUAGUGAUGGUGAGAUUACUAGUGAAUGUGAAUGUGAGAGUGUCUUUAAUCAUUUAGAGGAACUGAGACUUCACCUGGAGCAGGAAAUAGGCUUUGAAAAGUUCUUUGAGGUUUAUGAGAAAGUAAAGGCUAUUCAUGAAGAUGAAGAUGAAAAUAUUGAAACUUGUUCAACAGUCGUUCAGAAUAUUUUGGGAAAUGAACAUCAGCAUCUUUAUGCCAAGAUUCUUCAUUUGGUCAUGGCAGAUGGAGCCUAUCAAGAAGCGCUAAACAUGGAAUCAAGUGACCAGUGUUACAGUCCUGACUCUGUAAAUUCUAGUUAUGUGACAUUAGUGUUGUAUUUUCUCUAA